AACAAAAUAAAAUAGGGAAAAAAUAUCGGUAUUAACUCAUGGUAAUUGGAAUGGAAUGUUCAAUCAAGUGAAGGUUUAAUUUGCAAUAAGACUAGACAACGCCGAAAGCAUUUCAUAGAUCUAAAAUUGAUCGUCUACGAUUAACAUUCUCUCCAUCCUCCAUUUCUCUGCACUUCCGUUUCAAUUAUUGGGUGAUUGAUUGCUCGCCAUGGUUUUCUUUCGAAGCGUUCCUCUUCUUUCCAGGCUUCGUUCUCAUGCUAUUGGAUUAAUGCAGCAGCAUCAGGUUCAGAAACAGUCAAACCUCAGCAAUUCUUUCAGAUGGAUUCAAACGCAGACCAUCUCUUCUGAUCUUGACCUUCAUUCUCAGCUGAAGGAAUUGAUCCCAGAACAACAGGAGCGCCUGAAGAAGCUUAAGUCAGAGUAUGGAAAAGUUCAAUUGGGAAAUAUUACUGUUGACAUGGUGCUUGGGGGGAUGAGAGGAAUGACUGGAUUACUGUGGGAGACUUCAUUACUUGAUCCAGAUGAGGGAAUUCGCUUUAGGGGCAUGUCAAUUCCUGAAUGCCAAAAAUUGUUGCCAGCUGCAAAGCCUGGUGGGGAACCUUUGCCAGAGGGUCUUCUUUGGCUUCUUUUAACGGGAAAGGUACCAACCAAAGAGCAAGUCGGUGCCUUAUCAAAGGAAUUGCGUGACCGUGCCUCUGUUCCAGAUUAUGUCUUUAAGGCCAUUGAUGCCCUACCUGUCACUGCUCAUCCAAUGACUCAGUUUGCAACUGGUGUUAUGGCCCUACAGGUUCAGAGUGAAUUUCAAAAAGCCUAUGAAAAAGGGAUUCAUAAAUCAAAGUACUGGGAGCCAACUUAUGAGGAUUCUCUUAGUCUGAUUGCUCGUGUGCCAGUAGUAGCUUCAUAUAUUUAUCGAAGAAUUUACAAAGAUGGGAAAGUUAUUCCUAUGAAUGAUUCUUUGGAUUAUGGUGGAAAUUUUUCACACAUGUUGGGAUUUGAUAGUCCUGAAAUGCAAGAGCUUAUGAGGCUUUAUGUUACAAUCCAUAGUGACCAUGAAGGUGGGAAUGUCAGUGCUCAUACUGGUCACCUGGUUGCUAGUGCACUUUCAGAUCCUUAUCUUUCAUUUGCAGCUGCAUUGAAUGGUUUAGCUGGGCCACUCCAUGGCUUGGCAAAUCAGGAAGUUCUCCUUUGGAUCAAAUCCGUGGUAGAAGAGUGUGGAGAGAAUAUAACCACAGAACAACUUAAAGACUAUGUUUGGAAAACAUUAAAUAGCGGAAAGGUUGUUCCUGGAUUUGGUCAUGGAGUUCUACGCAAAACUGAUCCAAGAUAUACAUGUCAAAGGGAGUUUGCAUUGAAGCAUUUACCUGAUGAUCCAUUGUUCCAGCUGGUCUCUAAGCUAUAUGAAGUUGUGCCUCCAGUUCUUACCCAGCUGGGCAAGGUUAAAAACCCAUGGCCUAAUGUUGAUGCUCACAGUGGGGUGUUGCUGAACUACUACGGUUUAACUGAAGCUAGGUACUAUACUGUACUUUUCGGUGUAUCAAGGAGUAUUGGCAUUUGCUCUCAGCUGAUAUGGGAUCGAGCUCUUGGAUUGCCGCUGGAGAGGCCAAAGAGUGUUACAAUGGAAUUGCUUGAGAAUCACUGCAAGAAAGCUCCUGACAACUGAAGAAGAAUGCCAUCCUGUUUUCCUCAGUAAUAAUUUAUCAGAAACACGAGUUUCGUGUUGGAUAGAGGACUGGUGUAAAGUUAAUGAGUUCCGUCGUAGUCAAAUUUCCAGGCGUUUUCAAACUCAGGUGUCAAGUUUUUUCUGCAAAAUUUGCGGUUACAGCUAGGUGACUGCCCCAAGUUUCAUUUUGAUCGAUACCAACUUUUUACAGUGAAGCUUGUUGAGAGUAAAGUCAUGACAUGAAUCAAAGCUUCAUGGAGCCCGUUGAAUAAAAUAGUGCUGUGUUGCUCAUUUCCUUUUGACUCACAUGACACUCCUUUUGGUC